AUGCUUGACGAAACCUUUUCCGACACCCAGUUUCGCGAGCAGACAGUAAUUACACCUUUCAAUAUUAUGACUUUCUGGAGCUCUUACAAGGCUCUUUCGCCAAAGACGCGCGCCGUCAUAGGUGUUGCGCUGAUGCUCAAUGCGUCCGCAAUGCUGUUGUUUUCAGAUCAAAUCGAAGCGUCUCUGGGAUUAUCCCCCCCUCCUGACGAUCGACAGAAGGUGUUCAAGGUGUACAGCGUGGAGCGGGAGACCAAGGGAUGA